AUGACGGGAAUAUCCGAUCCCAAGCCGCAUUCUGACCAUCAGGAAAAUGUAGCCGACCUAUCUAUAGCCACGGGAACUGAAACCAACCAUGUCGAGUCCGAGUGGAACGAGAAGCGGCCACCCGAUGGCGACACGGCAAUGGCACUCUUUAACGAUCCAGAUGCGCUUCAUGAGGCUAUUGAGCCGGCAGAAGCAAGAAAGCUACUCCGCAAGGUUGACUUGAUGAUUUUACCAUAUCUUGCUGUCUGCUAUGCGUUCUUCUACAUUGACAAGACAACUCUGAGCUAUGCGGCAAUCUUUGGGAUAGAGGAAGAUCUUGAACUCCAUGGCACGCAGUAUAGCUGGCUGUCGAGUAUCUUCUACUUUGGGUUUCUUGUUUGGGCAUUCCCUACUAACUUUCUGCUUCAACGCUUACCAAUUGGAAAGUAUCUCGGAGCCAACAUCUUCAUGUGGGGAGUGUUCCUCAUCAUCCAGGCAGCAUGUCAUAACUUUACCACGCUUGCUGUCCUACGAGCCCUAGGUGGCGCUGCAGAGGCGUGCUCAGACCCUGCCUUCAUGCGCAUCACUAGUAUGUGGUACACGCGACGUGAACAGCCAGUCCGUAUAGGCUUAUGGUAUACUGCCAAUGGCUUUGGGAUCGCGCUUGGCGGCCUUCUCGGCUAUGGAAUUGGUCAUAUCCGAGGGUCUCUUCCUUCGUGGAAGUACGAAUUUAUUGUCAUUGGCUGUCUUUGUGCUGCAUGGGGCAUAGUCAUGUUCAUUCUGCUGCCUGAUUCUCCGGUCACGGCACCUCUUCUCAGCAAGAGGGAGCGUCGAAUCGCAGUUGAGAGAGUGAGAGAGAAUCAAACAGGUAUUGAGAAUAAGCACAUCAAACCUCACCAGAUUCUUGAGGCUUUCUCGGACUACAAGCUCUACUUUUUCUUUUUCCUAGGCUUAGUUUGUAAUGUUCCCAAUGGUGGGAUUUCGAACUUUGGAACGAUCAUCAUUCAAGGCUUUGGUUUCUCAACGCUGGUGACAACCUUGAUGCAGAUUCCCUACGGUGUUAUAAUUGCACUCUCGAUUCUGCUUUGCGUGUAUCUCAACGACCGAUUCGAGAACAAGCGUUGCAUAUUCGUCUUGAUUUUCCUCCUUCCGAACAUCGCUGGGGCGUUUGGGCUACGGUUUGUGCACCAGGACCAUAAAGUCGGUCGAUUGAUCUGCUAUUACUUGACUGGGCCGUACAAUGCCGCUUUCGUGCUGAUUCUCAGUAUGCAAAUUGCCAACACUGCCGGUCACACCAAGAAGGUUGUCACCAAUGCAGUCCUCUUCCUAGGAUACUGCACGGGUAACAUUGCAGGCCCUUUCUUCUACAAGGAGAGCCAAAAACCCACGUACGAACUGGGAAUCUGGUCUAUGAUCGUGUGUCAUCUACUGGAAGCCGUGCUCAUAUCCACGCUUGGUCUUUUGCUCCGGUGGGAGAACCAACGACGUGAUAGGAUCCAGUCUCAGACUGCAGGUGGUCUUGAGGGGAGAGAUCUGGACUCUACCGCGUUCCUGGAUUUGACUGAUCGGGAGAAUCUCAACUUCCGGUAUAUUUAUUAG